AAUAUGUUCUAACACAUAUAAGGGGUGAUAGACUUACCAAUUACCAUUGAUGCACAAAUACUAAAGGAUAAUAAAAAUAUGAUCUCCAAAUUAAUUUCUUUAAAAAUGCUAUUUUUAGAAUCUAAGAUAAAGUUAUAUGUCGAUGAGUUUUAUUACUGUUUUUCUUUUUCCUGAAAAAAAGGGAGAGGGUUAAAAGCAAGAUGGUGAAAAAGGUAAAAUUGAAAAACAGAAAAAAGAGGGAAAAAAAGAAAAGGAAAGAUUGAAACUAAGAAGAGGUAACAAUGAAGGCGACACUUUUUCAGAAAAGUCUGCGGCGUUUCCUAUUUAUUUACCCUCCCCAUCUUCUUCUUCUUCUUCUUGCUACUUCUACGUAACUUCCCUUUCCUCUCUCUCCGACUCUGUCAUCCAAUUGAAUUGUUCAAUUGAUUUUCAACGAGUCUAAUUUUUAGGGUUCCUGUUCCGACAAUUCCAUUUCCUAAUCUUCUCUCCAAUCUUCUGGUUGUUGUUGUUGUUGUUGUUGUUGUUGUUGUUGUUGAUUGAUUGAUAUGGAAAUUGUAUAAAGACUUUUAAUCUAUCCUAUUAGUGCCAGUCUUCGUCUUCGUCUUCGUCUUCGUCUUCGUGUCGUCGUUGUCGUCGGAGUUCCAUCUUCCUUGUUUUUUUAGUCUUAGGAGUUGGAUAAUUCUUUAUCAUUUAGGCAUUCCUUUUAGGGGAUAAUCUGAGCAUACUUUAUUAAUUGAUUCCUACAUUUCCCUUUUUGAUCCCAUAUAUUCCGAAUCCCUUUUUUCUUUUUUUAAUAAGGAAAAGAAAAUGAAAUUAGUGGUGAAAGUGAUAGAAGCAAGAAAUGUACCAGCAAUGGAUCUAAAUGGGUUGAGUGAUCCAUACGUGAGAAUACAUUUAGGAAAGCAGAGGUCUCGAACCAAGGUUGUGAAGAAAUGCUUGAAUCCGUACUGGGGUGACGAAUUCUGUUUCCGUGUUGAUGACUUAAGUGAUGAGCUUGUCAUCUCUGUUUUAGACGAAGAUAAAUACUUCAAUGAUGAUUUUAUUGGUCUUGUUAAAUUCCCUGUUUCAAGGGUUUUUGAUUCUCCUGAUAAAUCUCUUGGUACUGCCUGGUACUCCUUGCUACCCAAGACCAAGAAGUCUAAACCCAAGGACUGCGGUGAAAUCUGCCUCCACAUUUAUCUUUCUCAAAACACUUCUUUCUUGGACUUGUCUACUGCCCCUUCCCUUAAGACUCCAAGGAAUGACAAUGCUGGUUUACAUCUAAAAUUGAACUCUUUACCUCCAAGAUUGGACCCUUGUUCUAUCAGUUUUGACGAUACAUCGGAAAAUGUUAACCCCGAAUUCCCCGAGGACCCGCCUUCUCCUUCCUCUUUUGAUGACCAAAUCAAAACUAUGCAAGGGAGGGACCAAGGUGUUGAGCUUCCAACCAACCUACCUGGAGGGGUACUUUUAGAUCAGCUCUAUUCAAUCUCCUCUUCUGAACUCAAUGCUCUUCUUUUUUCACCAGAUUCAAAGUUUCCUGUUACACUUGCAGAAUUUCAAGGAAAGACUGAAUUACAUUUUGGGCAAUGGGAAUUCGAAAAUGAUACUUUCAAAAGACUCAACACCUACCUUACGCCGCCAUCUAAACUAUCCAAGUCUCUUAAGGCUUUUGAAACCCAAACUUAUAAACUUGCUAAUGCCAACUCUUUUGCAAUUUUGAUCAGUGUUAGCACUCCAGAUGUCAUAUAUGGGAGCACCUUUAGAGUAGAGAUGCUCUUCUGCAUUACGCCUGGCCCUGAUUUGCCAUCUGGAGAACAAUCUUCAAGGUUACUCACUUCUUGGGGAAUGAAUUUCGUUCAGAGCACUAUGAUGAAGGGAAUGAUUGAGAAUGGAGCCCGACCAGCAGUAAAGGAGAGUUUUGAUCAACUCUCAACCGUUUUGUCUCAACAUGUCAAGCCUGUUGAUAUCAAGGGUACUGGCUCCCAAAAAGAUCAACUUCUGGCUUCAUUGCAAGUAGAAACCCAGUCAAAUUGGAAGCUGGCAGUUCAAUACUUUGCUAAUAUUACCGUGGUUUCUACUAUUAUUAUUGGAAUUUAUGUUUUUAUCCACAUUUGCCUGGCAACACCAAGCACCGUUCAGGGUCUUGAAUUUGUUGGACUGGAUUUGCCUGAUUCAAUUGGUGAAGUUAUAGUAUGUGGUGUCCUGGUCCUUCAACUUAAGAGAAUUUUUGACUUGGUAGUGCGCUUCAUGCAGGCCAGAUCACAAUCGCAAAAGGGCAGUGACCAUGGAAUUAAAGCACAAGGAGAUGGAUGGAUGCUCACUGUUGCCCUAAUUGAGGGAAUCAGCUUAGCAGCUGUCGACUCGACUGGUUUCUCUGACCCGUAUGUAGUUUUUACUUGCAACGGGAGAACUAGAACAAGCUCAAUCAAGUUCCAGAAGCUAGAUCCUAAAUGGAAUGAAAUAUUUGAAUUUGACGCUAUGGAUGAGCCACCGUCAGUUCUAGAAGUGGAGGUUUUUGAUUUUGAUGGUCCUUUCGAUGAGGCAACAUCUUUAGGGCAUGCUGAAAUAAACUUUCUGAAGGCUAACAUAUCAGAGCUAGCAGAUGUAUCGGUUCCUCUCCAAGGAAAGUUAGCACAGGCAUGGCAGUCAAAAUUGCGAUUAAGGAUAUUUGUGGACGACACUCGAAGUGGUAAUGCUGUCAGAGAAUACCUUGAAAAAAUGGAAAAGGAGGUUGGGAAGAAGAUAAAUCAGAGGUCGCCUCAGACAAAUUCAGCAUUCCAGAAGCUAUUCUGCCUUCCACAAGAGGAAUUUCUUAUCAACGACUUCACUUGCCAUCUGAAGCGCAAGAUGCCACUGCAGGGACGUCUUUUUCUAUCACCAAGAGUAAUAGGAUUCCAUGCUAGCCUAUUUGGACAUAAAACAAAUUUCUUUUUUCUCUGGGAAGACGUAGAGGACAUACAAGUUGCUUCCCCUAAUAUCUCUUCAAUGGGGAGUCCGAUUGUUGUAAUAACUCUUCGUAAGGGAAAAGGCUUAGAUGCAAAGCAUGGAGCAAGGACUCAGGAUGAGGAAGGGAGGCUAAAAUUUUAUUUCCAUUCGUUUGUGUCUUUCACCAUGGCACACAGAACAGUUAUGGCCCUUUGGAAGGCAAGAUCCUUGAGCCCUGAGCAGAAGGUGAAAAUUGUUGAAGAAGAAUCUGAAACUACCAGUCUUCAGACAGAAGAGAGUGGAACCUUUGUGGGUGAUGAGGAUGUUAGCAUGACAGAGGUUUAUUCUUCUGCUCUCUCUGUUCCUAUGAACUUCUUGAUGGAGUUAUUUAGUGGAGGUGAAGUUGACCGAAGAGUCAUGGAGAGAACGGGGUGCCUUAAUUAUUCUUGUUCUCCCUGGGAACUAGAUAAAGAUGUAUAUGAAAGGCAAGUGUGCUACAAGUUUGACAAGCGUAUUUCCAGCUACAAAGGAGAAGUGACCAGCAUACAACAAAAGUCUUCUCUUCCUGAACAGAAUGGUUGGCUUAUUGAAGAGAUUUUGACACUUCAUGGGAUUCCUCUUGGUGACUAUUUUAAUCUCCAUCUCAGAUACCAGCUUGAGGAUAGAGCAAAGAGUUGCUCUGUGAAAGUAUCAUUUGGAAUUGCUUGGCUGAAAAGAACUAAACAUCAGAAAAGAAUCUCUAAAAACAUACUCUCAAAUCUGGUAGAUCGUCUGAAAGUGAUGUUUGCUACUGUCGAAAAAGAAUAUGUAAAUGGAAGAUAGAAGCUCCAAUAUUUUUAUUGUCGCUUUUAACACCUGAUGUCCUCGCAAGAUAGAUCGUCAGCCUCAGCCUCGCCCUCACACAUGUACUUCUCUUUUCAGAACCGAGGCAACUGUUUCCAGAAAAGAGAAGGUUUCACACAAUGCAGGUUACAGGUUUCACAUCAUGAUGCUGAGUUUCUUGUAAAAUUGCAGGUUUGACGAAUUUUUGGUGCUAAUUAUUGUACAUUCAACCACUUGUUGUAACUUGUAACACUAGAUAAAGUGUAAGACCCAACUAGGGGUGCACUUACAUAUUCCAACUGCAGCUGCAUCCUCAAAUGUUUCCUUAUUUUGGGUCUCCUUGUGAGUAAUUUGUAAAGGGAGAAAUUUGUUCACUUUUGUUAACUUCCCAAAAUCAGAGAAUGAAUGUCAAAAAAUAAAGGUUAAUAAUUCUAAGUCAAAAUCUUGGACUUGUUGUUCA